AUAAACCGAGUCAGAGCAACAAUGCCCGAUACAGUGAAAGCGCCCAAGAAAGGCUCCAAGAAAGCCGUGUCUAAGGUCACCAAGACCGGCAAGAAGAAGAGAAAGACCAGGAAGGAGAGCUACGCCAUCUACGUGUACAAGGUGCUGAAGCAGGUCCACCCUGAUACCGGCAUUUCCUCCAAGGCUAUGGGCAUCAUGAACUCCUUUGUGAGCGACAUCUUUGAGCGCAUCGCCGGUGAGUCCUCCCGUCUGGCUCACUACAACAAGCGCUCCACCAUCACCUCCAGGGAGAUCCAGACCGCCGUCCGCCUGCUGCUGCCCGGUGAGCUGGCCAAGCACGCUGUGUCUGAGGGAACAAAGGCUGUGACCAAGUACACCAGCUCCAAGUAAACCUGCUGUUACAACCAACAACACAAAGGUCCUUUUCAGGGCCACACACUGCUUCUACUGAGAGCUAAUGUCCUACAUUAUACAUUUAAUACUUUAUUGUACAAUGCUGACUCAGUUUAACCUUUGUUUACUCGGCGUUAACACAUCUGAUAUCUACAUUGCAAACUGAAGUACAAGUGAUGGGAAUUUCGGCUCCCAAGUGGCUCCUCCAGAUUUGUUUUUUUUUUUUUUUUUUGUUUGAAUUAAUGUAUUACCAAAUUGUGUAAAAUGAAUUACUAAUGUAAAAGAAAAACAUUCAAUAUAUCAUAUGUAUAUUAUCCAUAUGGCUUUAUUAAUAAACUUAACAUGGAACAUAAUUUAAAAAUAAAGACCUGUUUUAAUUAGACAAAGGUCCAAUUAUUUGUAAAUGUGCAACUAUGUACAGUGAAAAAACACAACAUCAACCAAUCACUCAACAAAAUAUAAUCUAAAAUGUGUAAAAGGAAAAAGCAGCAUCCAGGUGUCUAAGUCUUCAGCAAAGAUUGGCAUUCAAAAAAACCAAUGGCCUCAGCUUUGAGGGGUUGAUCCUGUUUCUCCUUUCUGUAAUGAUCUGCCCGGUUUUGGACAAGAUUCUCUCUGAGGGGACAGAUGUUGCUACGAUACAGUCUACGUACCAUCACACGUGUAAGACGUGGGUAGACUGAACACUUGGUCUCCCACCAGCUCAGUGGGUCUGCAGUUCUCUGGAAAAGGGGCUCCUCGAGAUAUGAUCUCACUUCCAACAUUGCAUCUGCUAUUGGAUUCCUUGUACUUUCCCCAGUUGCUCGUUCCUCAAAGAAUCUCCAAACAGCAGAUGCUUGUGGUUCCUGUUCUGGUUCUGCUGCCUCUUCUCCCUCUUGGCCCCUUGGCAGUGGACUUGACUGGCUGGAUCUUGCUGCUGCUGCUGCACUAAUUCUCUGAAGAGCUUCAUCCACCGCACUAUUUUCAGUGAAGGCCAGCUUCUUGAAUCUUGGGUCAAGAAUGGCGGUUUCUGACAGAACAGUGUUGUAUUCCAUUCUGUGGAAUUUUCUUUCCAUGGAUGCACAGCGCAUCCACUAACACCUUCACUUUCCCCAUGGUUAUUCUGGUCUGGUGAUCAGCUGUCACACUCUGCAGACCCUUGCACAGGAUCAACAUUUUAGAGGCUGUAACAUAGCUGAAAAAGAGUAAUAAAAAUAAAUGAAUUAUACUUUGUAUUAUUAAGCAGUAUGUAUUAUAUAUCCCGUCAUGUCUCAUCUGCUU